AACAUAGAUGCUGAUGCGUUUUAUUACACUUGCUAAGUACCAUGCAGAUUUGAUGAUGAUGGGAAGUUGCAUGUCUUCAUGCAAUUUGUCUUUUUAAAUAAAACUUUUUUUCUCCCUAUUUUCAGUGGUGUGCUUGUUUAAGUAAGUUUCCUCUCUAGAUGAGAAAGUUGCAGAAUAUUUGAAUUAGUAAUGUAAAUUCUAAUUGAAUAUGCUAUUUCUUCUUUCUGCCAGUGUCUCAGUUUAAAAUGGUGAAUUACUCUUACGAUGAAGACCUUGAAGAGCUGUGUCCAGUCUGUGGAGACAAAGUGUCUGGGUACCAUUAUGGACUUCUCACCUGUGAAAGCUGCAAGGGAUUCUUUAAGCGAACAGUCCAGAAUAACAAAAGGUACACAUGUAUAGAAAAUCAGAAUUGCCAGAUUGACAAAACACAGCGAAAACGAUGUCCUUACUGUCGAUUUCAAAAAUGUCUAAGUGUUGGAAUGAAAUUGGAAGCUGUGCGAGCUGACCGAAUGCGUGGCGGUCGAAACAAGUUUGGACCAAUGUACAAGAGAGACAGGGCAUUGAAGCAGCAGAAGAAAGCUCUUAUCCGAGCAAAUGGACUGAAACUGGAGGCCAUGACUCAGGUGAUCCAAGCAAUGCCAACCGACCUGACAAUAUCCUCUGCAAUCCAGAACAUCCAUUCAGCUUCUAAAGGCCUACCUCUGAACCAUACUGCCUUGCCUCCUACAGACUAUGACAGGAGUCCCUUCGUGACUUCUCCCAUCAGCAUGACAAUGCCACCCCACGGCAGUUUGCAAGGCUACCAAACCUAUGGCCAUUUUCCAAGCCGUGCUAUCAAGUCCGAGUACCCUGACCCUUACACUAGCUCACCAGAGUCAAUAAUGGGCUACUCAUACAUGGAUAGUUAUCAAACAAGCUCACCAGCAAGUAUCCCACAUCUGAUAUUGGAACUCCUGAAAUGUGAGCCUGAUGAGCCGCAAGUCCAAGCUAAAAUCAUGGCGUAUCUGCAGCAAGAGCAAGCCAACAGAAGCAAACAUGAGAAGCUCAACACAUUCGGGCUUAUGUGUAAAAUGGCUGACCAAACUCUCUUCUCCAUUGUUGAGUGGGCUAGGAGUAGCAUCUUCUUUAGAGAACUUAAGGUUGAUGACCAAAUGAAGUUGCUUCAGAACUGCUGGAGCGAACUCUUAAUUCUAGAUCACAUUUACCGGCAAGUGGUACAUGGGAAAGAAGGGUCCAUCCUUCUGGUUACUGGGCAACAAGUGGAUUAUUCCGUAAUAGUAUCCCAAGCUGGAGCCACCCUCAAUAAUCUUAUGAGCCAUGCACAAGAACUGGUAGCAAAGCUUCGUUCGCUGCAGUUUGACCUACGAGAAUUUGUCUGUCUCAAAUUCCUGGUGCUGUUUAGUUUAGAUGUCAAAAAUCUUGAGAACUUCCAGCUUGUGGAAGGUGUUCAGGAACAAGUGAAUGCUGCUCUGCUGGACUACACAAUGUGUAAUUACCCACAGCAAACAGACAAAUUUGGGCAGCUUCUCCUGCGACUACCAGAAAUCCGGGCCAUCAGUUUGCAGGCCGAAGAAUACCUCUAUUACAAACACCUGAACGGGGAUGUGCCGUGUAAUAACCUUCUCAUUGAGAUGCUGCAUGCAAAGAGAGCAUAAAUUAUACCCAUUACAGCUUCUGCUUUCAAGGAAAAGAAAUUAUUCUGAACUGCUCCAAGCAACACUAAUUAAAAUGUGGUUUUAAGACUUUGCAAAAUGGUAUAAUAAUCAAAUACUAAUAGUAAAUAAGUGAUGUAUCAGGGUAUUUGUAUUGCAAACUGUGAAUCAUAUGCUACACAUCCCCAAAGGAAUCUAUAUAGGACUUUAUGCUGGAGUGAACUUACCAAGUGGAUACCAUCACCAAUGUCAACAUGAAAAAGGACAGAAUGAUCCUUGUAUAUUUAACUCUCCUGAUUGCCAACAUGAAGAAACCUAGGUGAAAAAAACUUGAUCUGUAUUACUGAGCUAAGAUGGUGGGGAAUUUGAGUGCACUAAAUUCCUUCACUGCAUAGAAGGACUCGUAAAACAGUUACAACAGAUACAAAACUGUAUCUACAGCAUCUUCUGUCAUCCUUACAAGAACCCAACACUUACUUCUUCUGUGCUAAAUGAUGUGGCAUCCAUUGAACAAGCUGUAAGAGAGAGCUGGCCUAGGCCACGUGCUGUGUGCUGUGGCCACCAAACCCCCAGAGGCUGGGCCUGCAAACCGCUCCUAGGAUGAGCCUGGUAUCCAGUUAGCUUGGCAUUCUUAACUGUGUCCUGAAGUUUGUUUUGUCACGUGUUCAUGUUGUUCUAUCAGGCAGUAUCCCUCUUCUACUGCUCUUAUCAGAUAGCUGUUAAGUAGCUAAGGAAAUAUUCCAAAGUAAAUUAGCCACUUCGACUGCAUACUCAACCAGGGCAGCAGCUAAAAGAUGGCUCCACUAUAUAUUUAUGGUUGUUUCCAAAUAAAGUAAAUGGAGAUAUUUUAGCCAUCCCAAAAAACACUUUCUUUGACAAGAAAAUAAAAAUUAGGGCACCAAAUACUGAUGUUAAAAAAACUAAAAAUAAUUUUUUUUAAAAGUAUUUUGUGAUGAAAGAAGUGACAAGUGAAUUGUACAACCAGAUGAUGCCAUGGGGCUUAUUAAGAAAUGAUCCUUAAAAUUUCCAGUAAUUUGGAAACUAAAUUUCAACUCAAACAUCCAAUAUCUAAUGAAACUUCUUGUUUUUAAAGUUAGGUAAUGCACCUAUUUUACGCAAAGAAAGAAGAGUGAUACUGCUGUGUCUGUGUAGGCCAAAGUCUGCUGCAGAACAAAUAUCAGAAAAGAACAAACACUUCUCUCUCUGCCCAAAUUAAGAUAUCAGUAUUAACAUGUAGUGCCACAUUUAUAAGUCUUGCCUUAUUUCAUUACCCUUAAAGGUAACUGUGCAGAUGUAGAUCAACAUACGUUUCAAAAUAAAGUAUUAAUCUCUAACAUUGACAAAAACAUAGUGUUUACAUUCUUUAGGUCCUGUGGGGGAAAAACUGUGAUAAAAUUGCAGAGCAGUGAUUUCCUUAUUAUUUCUUUUAAAUUGGUAAUUAUUUUACCAGUACUUAAUUACUGUAUGUCGUGAGACACUAAAAUCAAUAGGGGUAUUUCAUUUUGACUUUAAUUUUUGAGAUUAUCGGCUGCACAAUCACUUGUAGAAACUGUAUAAAAUCCUAAUACUUUAAUUUUUUUCAUGAAGAUUGCUGGCUUUUGAAUAGUUUAUUUAUAUUGUAUAUGAUAGUUUUCACUGUAGACAAAUAUGAUGCUAAUUUAUUGUUCUUUGGUUUCAUCUUUAUAUAAGAUAUAGCCAGAAUGAAGAAGCCAAAUAUAUGUGUUUACUGUAGCAUGUCUUCAAGUUAGUGGAACAUAGUUCAGGGAUGCAGAAGGGUCUUUACAAAUUAAAAUCAUUCACUUGAUUAAAUGUCUGUAAAUCUUCAUAAUUCUGAAUGUGGUUUAUUUAAAUCUAUUGUAAAUUAUGUGAGUUAUAACUUUUUCUGUUUCAUGUGAACUUGAAAAGGUGCAUUUCUCUCACUUUUGUCCAACCAUUCAUACAUUGUAUACCAAAGACAUCAGUUAUUACAUCUGCAUUAGUACGAAGCACACUAUUUUAAUUGCCUGUAUUAAUCAGCUCUAAUAUUCUGUCCAUGCAUAGGG